GUCGAGUUUGAAAACCCCGCCCGUCCUAACCGAAAAACUUUUUUGGGUAAACACACACAACAUCUUUAAAAAAAAAAAAAAAAAGUUUGUUUUUUUUUCCUCCUGCUUUUCAUUUGUUUUGUCGGAGAAGAAGAAGAGGGGGGACCACCCUUGUGAGGGGGUUCAGAUCAUCACGACAAGAGUCAAUAGAAAUUUAUUUGUUCACAAUUUUCACUUUCGGAAAGAAAAAACGAAACAGUUUCCGAGUUUUUAACCCGAGGAAUUCAUUUUCUGUUUUUCUCUUCUCUUUUGGAUAGUUUUUUCUCUCCUCCUGGGGUUGAAAACAGCCCGCCACAUUUGUUGUGUGUUAUUUUCAAUCUCUUUCGGAGGGGUCGGCAAAAGGCAACUUCUCCCCCUUUUUGCUUUUCGGUACAACACACCGGUCUACUAUCGCAUCUCGUGAGUUAUAGUCAACGCUCAACACACACAGAAAGAACCUUUCGACCAAGAGGACACACACGGGUUCUCAACUUUUUGUGCGUGUUGUUCUCCUCCGCGUUAUCGGCCGAUUGCAUCACACGGACAAACACACACACUCAACAGGCACACGAGGAACCGUUUCUCCAAGCGCGUUGUUUUCCCAUCAAUUGGCCCCCACGCGUUCCAACCCGACAGCAUGAAACUCCGGAAGAGUAUUCCCGUCCUGGCUGUUGCAGCUGUGGCUCUUUUUCUCACAGCUGCGACCCUCGUGAAAGCCGAUGUGGAAGAGCUGAUGGAUGGUUUCGGACAAGAUUAUGCUAAUGAGCGGACGCUCGCAGUCGAGGCGGAGGAACCGGUCGUCGCCGGGUUCAACCGCGGUGCCGUCGAGCACCGGCCCGAUUUUGACGACGUCCGCCAGCAACAAUCUCAGUUCUCUCGCAUCCAAUUGAUGGAGAGUCUCAAUCAAAUCAAAGAAAUGGACCAGCAGCAGGACCAGCCGGCGUAUGAUGACGAUGAUCGAGUCGAUGCCAACCGAAUAAGCAAAGGAAUUUACGUGGAAGAACAAGAGACCUAUCCGAGCAGCUAUCAAGGAUUCAAUGGUCACUCGUACCAAAACGAGCCGCCCGUGCUGGACGAAUUGGAGCGACUCGUCGAUCCGGUGCCAAUCGAUCCGUUAUCAGCCACUAAAAAUGGAGAGGAUUACAAGGUCGUGUGCUACUAUGAAUCGUGGGCCAUCUACCGUGACGAGCCGAUGACGACCAGUCCCGCCGAUGUCGAUCCUUUCGGCUGCACUCACGUCAUCUAUUCAUUCCUCGGCUUGGACAAGACGUCGCUCACCGUCACCAUUCUCGACCCGGAUUACGAAGUCGUCAGAGGUGGUUUUAGAGCUGCGCUGGCCCUUAAAAACAUCAACCCCGCUCUCAAAGUGAUGAUAGCCAUCGGUGGGUGGAGCGAAGGAGGUAAACAGUACUCCCAGAUGGUGUCCAGCCCGGCCAGCCGAGCAAAGUUUAUCGAUUCCGUCGUCGUUUUCAUGGAAAAGUGGAAGUUUGACGGCUUCGACCUCGACUGGGAAUAUCCAGGUGCCACGGAUCGCGAUGGCAGAUGGGCCGACAAAGAGAAUUUCGCCCUGUUGGUGGAAGAAAUGUCAGCCGUGUUCCAACCGCGCAAUUGGCUUCUGACGGCUGCCGUGCCAGCCGCCACCUUCCGCAUUAACGAAGGCUACGAUGUGCCUCGUCUUGCCAAAUCGCUGGAUUUUAUCAACGUCAUGACGUACGACUUGCACGGCACGUGGGAUAACUACGCCGAUCAUCACGCCCCGCUACGGAAACGUCCUUUCGAUUCCGGCGCGACGCAGAACCUUCACUCGGACGGAGCGCUGUCUUACUGGAUCUCCAAAGGCGCUCCGGCGAGGAAAAUCAUUUUCGGCAUCCCGUUUUACGGACGCAAUUUCAGACUGGCCAACCCAAACAAUUCAAAGCCCAAGGCACCCAUCGUCGGUGCCGGAACUGUCGGUCCCUUCACCAAAGAGGCCGGAUUCGUGGCUUACUUUGAGAUCUGCAGGUGGCUACAAGAAGGAGGAUGGCAGGAGCUGGAAGACGAAGCCGGAAGCCCCUACCUCGUCAAGGGAGAUCAAUGGAUCGGCUACGACACGGUGGAAUCCGUUUUAACUAAAAUGGAUUACAUCAGAAGUACCGGCCUGGGCGGAGCCAUGAUUUGGGCUGUUGGAUUGGACGACAUUAAAGGCGACUGCGGUCCUGAAAGGCCUUUACUUCGGGCCAUCAACGAUGGAUUACGUCGAAACGGAGGCACUACAUCACCGACGGCAGCUCCACCCAAACCCACAACGGCUCGUCCGACCACGGCUGCUACUCCCCGGCCCACGACGGCCGCUCCUCUUCCUCAGCCGCCUACUACAGUGGCUCCAUUUGUGCCAGCACCUACUGCUGCUCCCACACGACCUCCACCUAUCGUUCUUCCGACCACACCUGCCCCUACUACAUCGUUCGAUCCCAGCUGUCUGAUCAAAGGCGACAGCUUUUGGCCCCACCCGGAUGAUUGCGGUCAGUUCUACCGUUGCGUGGGUGCAACACCUUACUUCUUCAACUGCCCGAGCGGCCUGCACUUCAAUCCCAGCAUCUUGGUCUGCGAUUGGCCCGAAAACGCUCAAUGCACCGCAAAAAACGUGUUAAACAACAGGCUGACCGCCGACCGCCAAGUCCAAACGAACAAGGACUACAAAGUCGUUUGCUACUACAGUAGCUGGGCGUGGCUGAGACGUGGCGAUGCUGAAUUCGUUCCGGAAAAUGUCCUGUCAUCCAGCUGCACGCAUGUUUUGUACGCCUAUGGUGGACUGGAUCCCAAAACUUUGCUCCUCAAAAGUAACGACAUCUGGACAGACAUCAGCAACAGAAUGUACGCCCGAAUCAAUGGACUGAAACAAACGAAUCCCAAUCUCAAAGUCAUGUUGGUGAUGGGCGGAUGGACCGACUCUGGGGACGACUCUUACAGCCGACUCGUGGCCGACGCCAGGUCACGUUCCAUGUUCGCCGCUCACGCUGCGGGUUUCCUCCAAGUUUACGGUUUCGACGGUUUGCACCUCGACUGGCAAUACCCGGUGUGUUGGCAAGCCGAUUGCUCCAAGGGGCCGGCUAUCGACCGGGCCAACUAUCCUAUUUUUAUCAGGGAAUUGCAACAAGAAUUCGCCAAAAGCAAUCUGUUGCUGGGCGUGAAUGUGGCCAGCUAUAAGAAUCUGGCUAUGACGGCGUUCGACGGAGCCGCCCUUGGACGAUCCGCGGAUUUUAUCACCGUGCCGGCCUUCGAUUUCCACGGCAGCUGGGAAAGUGUGACAGGACACACGGCUCCGCUGCAAGGGAGUGGCGAUUCAGACAGUGUCGAGGCCAGCAUGAACUACUGGAGUCGCCAGGGCAUUCCAGCAGCCAAGCUCAUCUUGGGUAUUCCACUUUACGGUCAGAGUUUCACCUUGGCCGUUCCAGCUACGACAAGAGAUCAAGCGGCCAUUGGCGUCAAAGCCAAAGGAGCUGGUCUACCUGGUCCUUAUACCCAACAAGCUGGUAUGCUGGCCUACUACGAGAUUUGCAAUGAAGUGCGCCAGGGAAUUUGGUCUGAAGUGGCCAACGAUGCUCCUUACGCUUUCCGGGGUACCCAAUGGGUCGGUUACGACAACGUCGCUUCCGUCCGCCGCAAAGCCAGUUACAUCCAGCGCGAAGGAUUCGGUGGAGCUAUGGUCUUCUCUAUCGACAUGGACGAUUUUAGGAACACCUGCUGCUCAGAAGCUUUCCCGCUGACUAAAGCUAUUGCCAGAAUACUUGGCAUCCGCAAUGACCCGCAACCAACGCCUGGAAGCAAUUGUGGACGCCCACCAGGGCCCGUCACUCCUCCACCGCUGGCCAUCACUACUGGCUUUGAUUCGGGAAUGAAUACGAGACCCACCACUGCGGCCACAUUUCCAAGUGCCCCAACUACACCAUCGACUCCAAGGCCAACUCGCCCACCAACUCGCCCGCCCACACAGCCAACAACUCGACCAACAACUCGACCGCCAACACGACCUAGUACUCGACCUCCGACCCAGCCAACAACUCGCCCAACAACUCGCCCACCAACACCAUCGACUCCAAGACCCACUCAGCAGACCGAGGGACCAACUCAAUCAGACUGUGUCAACGGCCAGUAUUACCCGGUACCUGGCGAUUGUUCGUCAUUUGCCAGAUGCGUUAAUGGAGUUCUGAAAAAGAGCAAAUGUUCUCCUGGGUUGUACUGGAAUGCCGACGAAACUCUUUGUGACUGGCCAGAAAAAGUCAAUUGCGUUUCAGAUGGACAAGCUACCCUAGCACCGGUUUCAACCCCAACCAGAUCGACGACACCUUUUGUCCCGACGCAAGGAACUACUGGCAUGAGGCCUACACCCAAACCUACAACCAAUCGCCCACCACCACCGACAGUUGAAGCGGUUGUAGGGACGUGCCAAGAGGGUCAAUACAGUCAAAGUGGGCCGGAUUGCUCCGUGUAUCAAUGGUGCGUCAAUGGCCAGUUGAUAGAACAAGGCUGCCAAGCGGGAUUGCACUGGAAUCAACAAAUCAAAGUUUGCGAUUGGCCGGCCAACGCAAACUGUCCCUUCAGUGGCCAAUCGACUUCAGUAGUCCAGCCAACGGCCCAACCCAUCGCUUCCGUCACCACACCCAGACCGACAAGACCAACAACAACAGUCAGGCCAACAAGACCGACAACAACAGCGACUAGACCAUCCAAGCCAUCAGCUACGCCCGCAAGACCUACUAAACCCUCAAAACCGGGCGAGUACAAGGUGAUUUGUUACUACACCAAUUGGUCGUGGUAUCGACCUGGUGAAGCCAAAUAUGCCCCAAGCGACGUCGAUGUCGACUUGUGCACUCACAUCCUUUACGGAUUCGCAACGCUGGACCCCACUCAAUUGACGAUGCGGGUCUUUGACUCCUGGUCGGACACGGACGAAUACGGACCGAAACUCUACGCCAAAGUGGUGGCUCUCAAGAAAAAUGGAAUCAAAGUACUUAUCGCUCUGGGCGGCUGGAACGACUCACUGGGCAACAAGUACAGUCGCAUGGUCAAUGAUCCUGCAUCCAGGAAAAGAUUCAUUGACAAUGCCAUUGUUUUCAUUGAGAAAUACGGAUUCGACGGGCUCGAUCUUGAUUGGGAAUACCCCAAAUGUUGGCAGGUGGACUGUAACGCCGGCCCGGCAUCGGAUAAACAAGGUUUCGCUGCUUUAGUAAGCGAAUUGAGGACUGAAUUUACUCCGCGCGGUUGGCUUCUAUCUUCAGCCGUUUCGCCAUCCAAGACUGUCAUCGACAACGCAUACGACGUGCCAUCUUUGUCGCGCGACUUCGACUGGAUCGGAGUCAUGACUUACGAUUACCACGGCCAUUGGGAUAAGAAGACGGGUCACGUUGCUCCGCUCAGCGUCCAUUCAGAAGCCGAUGUGGUUUACUUCAACACAAACUACACGCUCAAUUAUUGGAUCAAACUGGGAGCCGAUCCGGCUAAACUCAUCCUCGGUGUUCCCCUUUACGGACAGUCUUUCACGCUGGAAAAUCCCAACAAUAACGGACUGAACGCUCCGGCUAAAGGAACUGGACAAGCCGGAGAAUUUACUCGACAAGCUGGAUUCCUUGCCUAUUACGAGAUUUGCAAACAAGUCAAGAAUAGUGGAUGGACAAUUGUGCAAGAUUCUGAGGAGGCCAUGGGACCGUACGCCUAUCGCGGUGACCAAUGGGUUUCAUUUGACGAUGUGGACAUAAUUCGUCGAAAAUCCGAACUUGUACGCACAAUGAAACUCGGCGGCGCUAUGAUCUGGGCGCUGGAUUUGGAUGACUUCCGCAAUCGGUGCGGAUGUGAGACAUAUCCGUUGCUCAAGACUAUCAACCGCGUGCUGCGCAAUUAUCCAUCAUCGGGCGAAAUGUGCGCCAAUUCCCCAAUGAUUUAUAGCGGAAGUGACAACAAUGAAAGCUCGGAAAGUGUGAGUAUUUGGGCUCCCAUUUCCGGUAAAGGAACUGGUUGCUCCAACGGAUCAUUCCGUGCUCACGAGUCCGAGUGCACUAGCUACUACCAGUGCGUGAAUGGACAAUGGGCUGAAGCCAGAUGUCCGGGUGGAUUAUUAUGGAAUAGGAGCUACUGCGAUUGGUCUUUCAAUACGGAAUGCGGUCGGACGGCUUAAUUGGAUAGUUGAUUUUAAAACUGCUGGGUUGUUUUUAAAAACUUAAUUUUGAAUUUACUUUCUUUUUUGCCCCCCUUUUCCUGGUUGGUCGUCUGGUGCUUUCAAUCUAUCACGGGAUAGUAUAAUGGAUUUUUUUGUAAUACGGUAGUUUAAAAUUAUGGCGGGAAUAAAACGGCACGUGGCCGCAAUCAAUCCUGUCAUCAAAAGAGAAAAAUUGCAAUACCAUUUCACUUUAAAUGGGCUCCUCAAAUCAAAAACUAAAUUGAAAUUGGCUAUUGAACCUGAAAAACACUUUUUCGUCUGUCGGUGGUACCGAAAAAAAAAAAUGAAUACUGGCAAUUUUGAAUUCAAUAUAACGACUCAACGUGAUCAUAUGCAUCCAUAAACGGCCAGGGUAUUAUUUUCAAAAGAAUUUCUCCACUGAUGUCCAUUGAUAUGAAGACGGGAUUUUAAAAAAAAAAAAUCGGGUAUUCCUCCAUUUUGUCUGUUUGUUUGUUUUUUUAAGCGCGUGUGUUUUGGGUUUUGUUGUAAUACACAAUUUCCCAUCAUUGAAUUUGAAGAUGGAAAAAUGAA